AUGUCCACCACGUGCACAGACUCCCCCACCACCUACACCCCCAUCCCGCUCACGCCCGAGCUCGCCCCGCUGAUGGGCCACGGCAGCCCCGACGCCUCCACGGAGGAGCCAAAAAAGAAGAUCGCUAAGCUACUCGACACGCCCGCGCACGUGCUGCUGAUGCUCAAGAGCUGGCUCGGAUUCUCGCAGGUCGAGCGGUGGCAGAUCGAGGAGGAGGAGGCGCGGAUCAUGUUGCUGGGUGAGGAGGAGGAGGAGGACGAGGAUGAGGGGAUCGAUAUGGGAGAGGAGUCGGGGGGCGAGUCGGGGAGUGGGGAGAGUGAUGGCGAGGUGGAGUUUUAA